AUGUCCUCCCGCCCUUUCAAUCCACUGCCUACAUUCCCCAUUCCCAUUCAGUGGGAUGUGCCAGGCCGUAUUGCCCAGCUGCGGGCCAUGAUCGAUGACCCUGCCACCAGUCAGGCACAGAAGAUUAACCUCCAGGUUGCUAUCAAUCUGUAUCAUUCAAAAGAGCUACCAGGACGGUUUAAAUAUAUCCAGAAUGGCAAGGUUGUCUCUCUUAAGGAUAUCAAUUUUAAGCAGCCAUACUGGGUUGAGGGUUAUGGUCAACAACUAUCUUCACGGGCUACAAUUCCAGCUACCGUGCCAGGGCUGUCUUCUGCACCCUCUCAGCCUGUGUGCAAUCCUUCGAGCCAGCAACUAGCACAUCACAUGAUAUAUAAUACCUACGCAGAAGGCACCGGUGGACAUGAGAUAUUCGCCCGAAUUAGGCCCAUUCCAGGCCUCUUAUCAUCGUCAUUAUCGAUUACUGUCACAAUGCUCAAUGACACUGGAAGUGAUGUGUUGACUGUCUUUGAUACAGAUCUGACUGCUUUGGCCAUCCCUCCAACCUAUGAGGGGUUUGGGACAUAUGUCUCAGUAUCAACACCGAAUGGGAUUAUCAUACGGCAACAAGUCAUUGUUGACAUACAGCUGUUGGAUUCGCAGGGGAAUCCUGUGUCUGACUGGAUUAGAGAGGAGGGCGUUAUCACACCAGCAGCUCUUGGUGUUGGUAGACUUUCAGGUGAUGGCAUUAGGCAAUCUCUAUAUUUUGCAACUGCACCAGGAAAUCAACAUCUUGAAGGAUCGAAUCCCCUUGAAUCAUAUCAUCUGGGCUAUGAGGGCUGGGCGCUAGCCUACGAACAAAGGCUGCUUCUGAGUUUUACAAAUGCAUCGCUGACGGCGAUAAAUACUUAUUUUCGGGGCCCUUUCGCUCCCAACCCGACUUCAAGGACACUGGAUGAGGCGCUCCGGGAUAUGAUUCCGACGCAUAGAGAUGAUGUGGAUGGGUUGAGGUGGUCUUUGGACAAGCGCGGACAGGAGAAGAACCCCUGCGAGAUUUCUUCUCUUGACUACGCUGUAGUAUGCUUUCCUGGCGGCAAGGGGGGCGGCUGGCCUUGCGAAGCAAUCUUUAGAGGCACCCAGGUUCUGCUAGGAGCUUCCAGAGUGUGA